CCAGUGUCAGAAGAGUUUCAGAAUGGAGAAGGAUUUGGAUAUAUUGUAGCCUUCAGACCCAAUGGAACACGUGGCUGGAAGGAAAAAAUGGUAACAUCUUCAGAUGCCUCAAAGUUCAUCUACAGAGAUGAAAGUGUGCCACCUCUGACUCCUUUUGAGGUGAAAGUUGGCGUUUACAACAACAAAGGAGAUGGUCCCUUCAGCCCUAUUGUGGUCAUCUGCUCUGCUGAAGGAGAACCCACUGCUGCUCCCGUCGAUGUCAAAGCUACGAGUUUGUCUGUAUCAGAGAUUCUUGUUGCAUGGAAACAUAGUAAAGAAAGUCUAGGAAGACCACAGGGAUUCGAGAUUGGUUACUGGAAGGACAUGGAGCAGGAGGAAGCAGCAGAAAAGGUCAAAACUGAGGGAAAUGAGUCAUCUGUCCUUCUGACAGGAUUAGAAGGAAACACAUUAUAUCACCUAACAGUGAGGGCGUACAACGCUGCAGGGUAUGGACCACCUAGCACUGCUGUGCGUGCAGCAACCAAGAAGUCCCCUCCCAGCCAAGCACCAAGCAAUAUUAUGUGGAUACAGGAUGGCUCUCAUGUGUCUCUUGGGUGGGAGCCAGUCAGACCUCUAGCUAAUGAAUCUGAUGUUAUGGGAUACAAGGUAUUAUUUAGGCAAGAAGGCCAGAGCAAUAGUCAAGUUAUAGAAACACAGAAAACUUCUGCAGUGGUACUUCUUCCUGACGUUGGUGUCUAUAUCAUUGAGGUCUGUGCAGUCAGUGAAGGAGGGGAUGGGACUACAAGUCCCCAGAUCAGAGUUCCAUCUUUUUCAGGAGGGAAAGUAACAAGUGCUCAAUCCACCUUACACGUGUUGUCCACUUCCUCGUCCUCCGUAACAUUGCUUUUGGCACUGAUGGUUCCUUCAACCUCAUGGUGAAGACCGCAGACUUUGUUGUUGUUAUUUGUUUGCUUUAGUUUGAUGACACAAAGGGAUGGAGUUUUAUGUCUGUGAAGAAACUAGAGACCCAAGCUAAUGCUUAAAGACCCAUAGAAAUGCCUGUGCUGCACUUAGAAGAGUGUUGGAGACACAGUCAGUAAUUCAUCAGGAUUUUUUCUCUUCAUUUUUUGUAAAAGUCCUCUGGGGGAGGACACACUUCUUGGCCCUAAAAUAUGCAGAUUGUAUGUAAUAAACUUUUGUAAGAAAAUGUAAUUUCUGUCAAACGUACUUUAUUUUUUAAUAUGUUCGAUUUUGGUGACCCCAGUCAUGUAUCAUUAGGUGUUUAAACAGUGGUGUCUAGUACAGUACAUGUUUGAUUUGGACAAAAAUUAUUUUUUAAAUAUAGAACAUGGUUUGAUAUAGUUUUGUGGAAUAUUUUCUUGUAUCCCCUAUGGCUGGCUGUUCCAAGUGACGAGAGAGAAAAAUAUAGUAUAGAUACACAGCCCACUUCAAAAGUACGGAGCAUUUGUUCUGAAAAUGUAUGAAUAUGUAUUUAGUUAGCAAAAAGAAUUGUCAAUACAAUACUAGACAGUACACUCAAAAAGUGGCAAAAUGGAGCAGAAAAUAAGAUAUUUAUUUCAUUGCAGGCAAAACAGAAAAUUAUUAAACACAAACUUAAAAGCAAAAAAAGUUUGGUUUUCAUCAAAUACCACAGGAUUUAAUAAAAAUUAAUCAAAUAUUUAUUUUCAAUUGCAAA